AUGCAACAUUACCGCCUCCGCAUCAUACCCGACGACCAUAUCACCAUCCACGAUCUCGUCGGGCUUGCUGUUGCCUCUUCUGGAUCUGGAUCUGGUGCUUAUCCGGUGGAUUUGAGAUUCGAUAUCGAUGCGGGAUGUGUGGCGACUAUGGUGCCUAGGGUGAGAUUGGCGGGAUUGAAAUGCGGGUGGGGGUGUGAGUGUGCGUGUGGAAGUGAACGUGGUGAUACUGGUAUGGGCAAUUGGGACGAGGAAUAUGAGUAUAAAGAAGAUGCAAACGACGAGCGUGACUGCGAGUAUAAUCACCACACCAUCAACACCAACAACGAAUUCACCCGCGGGGACAAUCCAUUCACCAUACCCAUGCGUCUCGGUCUCCUCGUCCUCCUCUUCCUUUUACUCAUUCCAUCUACAAUGCACGGAAUAGGCAGCGUGGUGCUGGGUAGGGUGUCAGAGGCGCGAGAUAUGCAGAUGAGGGGGUUUGUCGGCGGCGGAGCUGUUGUGGGUGAUUUCGCGGGGAAGAGGGGAGGGGCAUGGAGGGGAGGGAGGGUGGAAUGGAAGAGUAGUUUGGAUGGGGGAGAUGGGGCUGAGGAGGGAGGUUAG